UAGUCGGUACCCGAAGGGGAUUUGGUGGUUCAUCUUGGAUGUCGGACGAGGGACAGUUAACUUACCGGGACUGUUUAGUGCAAGAGGGUGUUAAGAGCUGUCUCAAUCGGGACAGCUAUACAAUUUUUACCCAUUUUAAAUAAAAACAAAAAGUGUCUGUGGCUAAUUAACAAUUAACAACGAAAAAUAAUGACCGGCUCAGUAAGGCUGAGGCCUGCACUGCUCCUGGGCCUCAUUAUUGCACUUCUGACCGUGGCCUUGCAGGUUGUGCAAGGUGAUGAUCAAGUGGAUCAGGUGCUGUCUGAAGUCCAAUGUCGACCGUAUAUCGAAAAAGCUCUGAAGGAUCGUCAAACGGGACCUGCUGAUGAAGGGAGUCAGGAGAAUGAAGGCAGCGAAGCUGGUGAAGAGGAUGAACAAUUGACCACAGCCUCACUCGAAUCUAAAGAGGAUGAUAGCAAGGCGGACGAUCCAACCGAAGAAACCGAUGACGAUGAAAAAGCGACGUUAGAAACAGUAGAAAUUGAAGACGAAAAGGAAUCUGGUGAAGGAACUGUUGAAGUGACAGAGAACGAAGAACUUUUAGAAGAAGCAGAAGUGUCUCUUCAAGAUGACGACCAAGAUUCCAAGGAGACGACGAAAUCAGAGGGGGAAGAUUCCAAGGAGGGCACCCAAGAGGAGGCAGAUGAUCCUUCCAAAGAAGCCUCUGGGGAGCAACAGAUCGACUCCGUUGAAGGCGAGGAAGAAAUGCAAAAAAGCGAUGACGAUGAAAAAUCGGAGCAGAAACCUGAUGAAGCAAAAUCUGAAUCUGAAGAGGUAGCCGAUGUGGGAGAAACGGUCGAGGAGAUUGAAGGGGAUUCGAACGAAACGAGGGAAGAAGAAAAGGAGAGAGAAGAAGAAAGUGAGGAGAAAAAUGAAACGACUGAAGAAGGUGAGAAGUCCGUUGAAGAGGUUGGAAAUACACAGGAGGAGGAAGCAGAUACUCAAGAGGUAGAUACCGAAGGAGAAGAGAGUGAUCAAAGGGAAUCGAAGGAGGAGACGGCUGAGAGUGUAGAAGCGGAAGAAUUGCAGGAAACUCGUGAAAGCGAUGAGCAGGCGAAGAGCAGAGAGGAAGGAGAUGCUGAAGAAGAAACUGUAAGUGAAGAAAAAGGAGAACAAGGAGAAGAAGAAAGUGAAGAGAAGAACGAGGAAGACAAAGAGGAGGGAAAGCUUUCUCAAAAUGAGGAAGAUGAUGAUGAAGAAGACGACGAAGAAGAUGCAGAGUCUACCGAGUCAACCCCCGAGGAAGAAUUGAUACAAGAGAUUGAAAUCCCCGAGAAUUUGAGACCCAAGGAGCAUCUUAAUCAAAUUCUUCGGUUAGAUCAGGAUCAUGAAAUUAAAGAAGCGGCAAUUGAGAAAGCCUCUGAUGUAAUUCUUAAAGAAUUGAAGAGGCUCUAUGAUACUGCUAUCAAACCUCUGGAGAGCCUUUACAAGUACAGAGAUCUGAGCAAUAGACAUUUCGGAGAUCCGGAGAUUUUCUCGAAACCCCUCGUGCUAUUCAUGGGCCCAUGGAGUGGCGGAAAAUCGUCCAUAAUAAAUUACCUUCUGGACACAGAGUACACGCCAGCCGCACUCAGAACAGGAGCGGAACCCUCGCCUGCGUACUUCAAUAUUGUAAUGCACGGUGAAGAAGAAGAGGUGCUAGAUGGUACACAAUUGGCUGCUGAUUGGACGUUUUCGGGACUUCAGAAAUUUGGCCAGGGUAUGCUGGACCGUCUCCGAGGUUUGAAGCUUUCGCAUAAACUCCUCGAGAAGGUUAAUAUAGUAGAAAUUCCAGGAAUUCUCGAGAUUCGUAAACAAGUUCAACGUCUAUUUCCUUUCAACGACGCCUGUCAGUGGUUCAUUGACAGAGCCGACAUAAUAUUCCUCGUUUAUGAUCCAUCGAAAUUGGACGUUGGCCCAGAAACCGAGGCGAUUCUCGAUCAGCUCAAGGGAAGAGAGUACCAGACAAGAAUAAUUUUAAAUAAAGCCGACCAAGUGAAACCGGAAGAGCUCAUGAGAGUCCAAGGAGCACUCAUCUGGAACAUAUCACCCUUGAUGUCGAGUGCUGAGCCACCAAUCAUGUAUUCUACUUCUUUGUGGUCAUUGCCUUAUGAAGCUGGUGCACCAACGCGACUUCUUUAUGCACAGGAAAGAGCUUUUCUGAGGGAUUUGCGCUCUGCUAUUGACAAAAGAGUUGAACACAAAAUAGCUAGUGCUAGGAGAUUCGCCGUACGUGUUCGCAACCAUGCAAAAAUGGUAGAUUGUUAUUUAACCACUUACUACAACCACAAGACUUUCUUCGGUAACAAAAAAGAAAUAAGCGACCGAAUAAUAGAGAAUCCCCAAAACUAUCACAUCUACGAAGGUCUCAGUACAUUGACGAAUAUCUCACGCUACGAUCUCCCCGAUCCGGACGUAUACAGAGAUUUUUUCCGUUUGAAUUCCCUCUACGAUUUUCCAUCUCUCAGUUCCACUUGCACGUACUUCCGUGGCUGUCCAAUCAACAGGUUGGACGUGGCUAUUGCUUAUGAUUUACCAGAGCUUGUUGGCAAGUACAAGAAACUCGUUGAAGCAACAGUGAAUGCAGAGGAAGCAUCCAACCAGCCUCCAACAAGUUGAGAGUUAAAUUCAAAGCCACAAAGAAGAGCAAACCAAAAAAAUACGGAAGACAAUAAAAAAAAACAUUUUUCUAAUCUUCAUUAAUUAAAAAGUGCGCACAUCGACAUCAUUAAAUCUGUCGCAUUCGCUUGCGUCUGCACCUUCUGAAAUCCAUCGAUAAAUUGCUCUCUCCGUUAUUGUAUGUCUUGGCUGCGGGCAGCGCAAGGCAACGAAAAAUCAUUGAAAAUAAUCAACAAAGAUUUGACAAAAAUCUCCUAUAUCCAAUUGUUAUUCCUUUGUUCAAUCCAAUCCAUUGCGACUUAUGAAUGUAACAUUUAGAUAAUAAAAAGAAAUUAAUGUAUUCACGUGGUGAAGAAAGAAAAAGAAAUAGUGAAAAUAAGAAUACAUGAAAUUUAAUUUAUGUAAUUGUUUGUUUGGCGAAAAAAUGCGUCAUCGCUAUUUAUAUGCAUUUUUUUCUAGCAUAUACACAACUAUUUAUUUAUCUACAAUGAUAAUGGAAUGAAUUGAAAAUCAUGGAAUUUCAUGAUCAGUGCUGAAUCAUUGAUUCAAUAAGAGAAAUUUAUCGAAACAGAUACGAAUUUUUGUAGAACUGCGACGAACCCAUCGGUUCAAUCAACUCAAUUCUUCAGUGAAAUUGUUAAGUACGAAGAGAUAAUGCCAAAAGGAAUAUAAUGAGUGAUAUUACCGAAGAAGGAAUACUCGACGAACUAUACUAUAUUACGUUUCAUCACUUCACUGGAGAAUUGAUUACGCCUUCAAUUAAUUUAAAACGUUAUUUUAAUCUCUAGGUUUAAGUAGGAAUAUUGUUGUAUGUAUCUCCGUUUUUAAAUAAGAUUGUGUGUGGCGGA